AUGGCCGAAACCCGUGUCGAAUUGCCAGAUGGCCACCUUGUAAACCUUUCCCCACGACCAACACGCGACAGUCCUUACAAAGCGUAUCGAGCAGAGUACAGAGGAUGCGCUACAGAGCUGGCUGCCACUCCUCCCCCUCGCUACGCCAGCCAAACGAGAACGCCGGAAUACGGCGUCUCGCGCUGUGCAUCAGGAAAUAUGUCUCAGGCUCCCAGGACUACCAAGCUUCCUGUCCCCAGGAACGUUACGGAAAGCCGCAAGACCGAAUUGAGAGAGACUCCAAGUCCUACCGGCAUACCGAAACCGACUACCCCUAGUCAAUUUGGACCAACUGGGGAUCACCCUCGAUCAUCUGGUAAGGAUCGUGACCAGUACUGGAGCAAGAUAAGAGAGAAGUUUGAGAAGGACUCUCCUUUGUCGAGACGAAGUGCCAGGAACAAGGACAAUGGCAACGACGAAUCUCCAAACCCUCGCAUGUCGUAUCACCGCACUCGACCUCCCACCGCCAGUCGACAGGAUCACAAUAGCCCUUGCGGGGCCACAGCACGGACAGGAAUCCCCAGUCCAAGCACAGCGAAAAGCAGCCCUGCACAGGGUCAUCGGAACGACACUUGCCACCCAUCAGACACAAACGACAAAUGGCGGAAGCAGGGUGACCAGUGGAUUAAUUCGGAGUCUGCUGAGAACACACCACACAAGUCAGAGCAAACCGACACGACCGCCGAAUCCAGUCCACGAUCUCAUCCGUCCAUUUCUCCAGUAUCCGCUGAAGAUAGUUCGAUAACUGACUGGGAAGACCGAUUUGUUGUGAAUAUGCCAACAGCGAAAGACCCCAACCCGCCAACGAUGACUUCUCAGCAAAUUUCGGAGUACCAAAAGAGCAUCGAGAGGGUAUAUCAAGAUGGAGGGAAAAUGGCGGAUCCAGAUGCAUUACCCAGUUGUCAUGCCUCGCCAGAAAGCAAGAUCAGCCCUCGCAGUCACCGCGCCAAAAGCCCCCGGGAAUUUAAGCCAUACAAAGCGGGCUAUGAUGGGGCAUACGAUGAUCGUCCAAAACUAGAAACGCGGCGAUACGAGCCUCAGCAACCGUCGCAGCACCCUCACCAGAUGCAACCGCAACUGCAACAAGAACAAGAACAAGAACCACAGCCGCUGUCAGCAUCACAACGGCAAGCAGCAGCACACUACUACAGUCCGGAUGAGAUUGGGGGGAAUCGAAUUAGCACGAUUUGGGAAGAGUCGCCAACAAAGACCAAGGAAAAACGACACCCACAAAAUGCUGAUGGUUCUUUUUUAGGAUGCAGGGAGAUCUCAGGAGAGAAGAAUCCAGACGAAAUCCUCAUGUUCGCCCCCACAGAUGACGCCAGCCUGCAUCCACGCCCAUUAACUCUGGCUUCCAAGAAGAAGCAGAAAGACACGAAGAGAGUGACUGCCCAGCAUACGAUGAAAAGUGUAGAGGAGACAGUAAUCCUCAAAGAAGAGCAGCCACAGAAUUCUCAGAGUUCGAAGCAUGUCCAAUGCUCGAAGUCGUCAACAACGUGUCAGAGCCGAAGCUGUCUCCAGCACCCGAUCCCCAGGACCGGAUCCCAGGACUCGGGAAAAGAAAACAAGCUCCCCUCCUACAACUCACCCGAAGAGCCCGCGAGGCUCGAGGACGGCCGGCGGGAAGACGAUGUGUUCAUUAUCACACCCACUAUCACACGCACUAUGAUUCCAACGCCGGACAAAAAACCAUCUGCGCCAAAGCCACAAGGUUUGCGACGUCCUGGUGGCACAAGCCACACUGUUACAGCCGAAGCUAUCAAAGCUGUCCGCGCGAAGGCCCAGAUGAUCUCUACGCCAUCAGGUCUGCGGCCCGGGGUGCCGAUCCCCAAGGACGAAUUGAGAGCACCAACCUUGACGACUUCACAAACGCUACCAGCAGGCAGCAUAACCUCUACGAAAGACAAAGAGGAGGCAGACCGCGCACAAGAACGAGCAACCGGGACAGCAUCCAAUUCUAUCCGUGGCUUCAUCCGUACCGGAGGGCUGGCAAGGUCUACGGGAAUAGUACGAUCACCUACAGAUAGCCUUGCUUCAAUACUCCGCAGCAGUACCGAAUCUCUUCGAAAUCGUGCGGAGUCUCUGCGCAAUGGUUCGGGCUCUUCGAAAGGUUUGAACGGAAAACAAUCAGUGACUCCUGAACCAACCCUCCCGUCCAGGGACAACUCAGAAUCAUCUCGAUCAGCUAGAUCUUUUCAGUCCGCCAAAGAGACCCAUGCCACGUCGGGAAAAGUGACCCCGCCGCCACAAAAGUCGGCGGCGCAGGCUCCGCCUGAGAAAAAAAUCCCACCCACGAAGCCAAUUGCUGUUGCAUCGAGCAAGCCCGCAGCAAAAAAGCCGACUCUGUCGGAGGACCCGCUAUCUGAAAAGACAGAUAAGACAGACAAGACAGAAACGAAAGAAAGGACAGAAAAACCUGUUCCUUCAGUCAAGAAAAUAUCUGCUUUGGCGAAGCCAUCUAAGCUGGACAAACCAUCGCGGUCUGUCAAGGUAACCGCAUCAGAAAAGAAGUCUCCCCCUCCGGCCCCGAAAAAGGUCGAUCCACCCAAGAAAGGGGAGAAGAAGGUAGAGCGAGUGAAGCCCCAGCCUCGGAUCCGCACCUCAGGCAGUGUCCUGGAGAUCGCCGAGUUGGAUGGACUUCAGGUUGCGAGUCCAAACCAGACUCUUCAAUCCAACAUUACAAAUGUCUAUGCUGACCUGGGUGAUAUGCACAACCGAGACGAAGAUGACCCUCCCAACCAAGGAUCAAGCCCCUUGGCCCUCUCUUUGGUAUUUGACAUCAUCGUCGUCGCCGUCACUCAAGUGAGCCGGACUUUCCGAAUGGGUACCGACAGCCCUUACUCCAAAUUUGUCGUCGCCAACAUCAUGAACAUGACCCGUCAUUGCUACCGCGUCUUCAAAUGCAUCUAUGCAGCUUUCUCCCGUUACCAAUCAACGGGGGCCUGGCCCAAAGCCCGCAAUGACCAGGCCAUCAGCAGAUUCAUGCUGGAGCUACUCCAGGCCAUUGUCUACCUCUUCAUUCUAGGGUUCGCAGCUAUGGUCAUCGGCCGUGCUGCUAGCUACGUCGUCCUCGUGAGUAGUUGGAUAGUCUGGUUUGCAAGACCGUUUGCGUGGGCCUUCCAGUGUGUUGGUCGUGCCCUGAUAAUGUAA